UCCAGUCUACUUAAACCCCUACACGUUCUCUCUUCCUGUUUCACUGAUCACUUUAAUGGACUCUCUUGCUCUCUUCUUUACUGGGGCUCUCCUAGCCGGUGGUCUCUUCUGGUUUGUUUGUAUUUUAGGCCCUGCUGAACAAAAGGGCAAACGAGCUGUCGAUCUAUCGGGUGGUUCAAUCUCGGCCGAGAAAGUCCAAGACAAUUACAAGCAAUACUGGUCUUUCUUCCGCCGCCCCAAAGAGAUCGAGACCGCCGAUAAAGUUCCAGAUUUCGUGGAUACUUUUUAUAACUUAGUUACAGACAUUUACGAAUGGGGAUGGGGCCAGUCCUUUCAUUUCUCUCCUUCAAUCCCUGGUAAGUCCCAUCGUGAUGCCACGCGCCUCCACGAAGAGAUGGCCGUCGAUCUCAUCGAUGUCAACCCUGGACAGCGUAUUCUGGACGUCGGAUGCGGCGUUGGUGGGCCAAUGCGUGCCAUCGCCGCCCACUCGCGGGCUAAAGUUGUGGGCAUCACAAUCAAUGACUACCAGGUGAAUCGCGCUCGUUUGCAUAACAAGAAAGCGGGUUUAGAUUCGCUUUGUGAGGUUGUUUGUGGGAAUUUUCUUGAGAUGCCGUUCUCUGACAACAGCUUCGACGGCGCGUACUCCAUCGAAGCUACAUGUCACGCGCCGAAGCUUGAAGAUGUAUAUGCGGAGGUGUUUAGGGUUUUGAAGCCUGGAUCUCUCUACGUCUCCUACGAGUGGGUUACAACUGACAAAUACAGAGGAGACAACCCUGAACACGUUGAGAUCAUUCAAGGAAUUGAGAGAGGAGACGCUUUGCCUGGACUUAGAAGCUACGCUGACAUUGCCCGGACGGCUAAAAAAGUUGGGUUUGAAGUGGUGAAGGAGAAUGAUCUGGCUAAACCACCUGCUCAGCCAUGGUGGACCAGACUGAAGAUGGGCAGGAUCGCUUACUGGAGGAAUCACAUUCUGGUUACGGUACUCGCCGCUUUGGGGAUUGCACCAAAGGGAACCGUUGAUGUUCAUGAGAUGCUUUUCAAGACAGCUGACUAUUUAACCAAAGGUGGCGAAACCGGAAUUUUCACUCCGAUGCACAUGAUUCUCCUCAGAAAGCCUGAGGCUCCCAAAUCUUGAUCGUAGCCAAAUGUUCUGAGGUGUGUUUUGGAGCAUCUCUUAGUUGUUUUUACCUAAUUUUUUUCUAGGGUUUUGUUUUUCCUGUUAAUUUACUUAAAAUCAUCACCAUGUAUCCCUUUCUUUCUAAAAUUGAUUUAAAUUCUGUUGUUGGAUUUUAAUCUUAAAAUGAUGUGACAUGGUAAGGGAGAGGUCUCUUUAUGACUUCUUGACUUCAA